UCCAGUCCAGUCAUUCUGGCCGCACUUGAUAGGGACCCCACCCAAUGCUGCUUCCCCUCCACUCAAACUUUGUUACCUUUCUUCUGUCUUCUGCAUCAACACGCUCCAACCAUUUGCAAACCACAAGCCCGGUUGCGAGUCACUCACCCCUUCGUAUUGUGGGAACUCUUACAUAUCCCCAUUAAGCCCCUUUCGCGGCCCUCGACUUCUCUUUGUUCACAGCCGUCCUGGCCCGUACCCGUUGACCGCCCUCCAUCCUACCGUACUUGAUCAAACAGCCGCCACCAUGGCCGAACGAUACAUUCCCGAGCAUCGCCGGACGCAGUUCAAGGCGAAGAGCGCCUUCAAGCCGGAGGAGCUUCGUCGCCGUCGCGAGGAACAGCAGGUCGAGAUUCGCAAGGCAAAGCGCGAGGAGAACUUGGCCAAGCGUCGUGGCAUUGGAACAGGCGCUGACCGUCCCGGUGCGUCGCUCGGUGCUGCCCCCGACAGCGACGAUGAUACCGCGCCCACUGAGUCACAGUUGAACGAGGAUCUCCCACAGAUGGUUGCCGGUGUCUUCUCGGAUCAGAUUGACCAACAAAUUUCGGCCACCACCAAGUUCAGGAAGCUGCUCAGCAAGGAACGCAACCCUCCCAUCGAAGAGGUCAUCAAGACUGGCGUCGUGAGCCGUUUCGUCGAGUUCCUCAACUCGCCUCACACCUUGGUCCAAUUCGAGGCUGCGUGGGCCUUAACCAACAUUGCCUCCGGUUCUGCCGCGCAAACCCAGGUCGUCAUCGAGGCCAACGCUGUGCCCAUCUUCGUGGAGCUGCUUGCCAGCCCUGAACCCGACGUUCGCGAGCAAGCUGUAUGGGCCCUCGGUAACAUUGCUGGCGAUAGCCCGCAUUGCCGCGACUAUGUUCUCAGCUGUGGCGCUCUGAAGCCGCUGCUCAACCUGCUUGGCGACAGCCGCAAGCUGUCCAUGCUCCGUAACGCAACAUGGACACUCAGCAACUUCUGCCGUGGCAAGACUCCCCAGCCCGACUGGGCCACGAUCGCCCCCGCACUCCCCAUCCUCGCCAAGCUUGUCUACUCCCUCGAUGAUGAGGUGCUCAUUGAUGCCUGCUGGGCCGUGUCAUACCUCUCGGACGGCUCCAACGACAAGAUCCAAGCUGUCAUCGAGGCUGGCAUUCCUCGCCGCCUGACAGAGCUGCUGAUGCACGCCUCCACGUCUGUGCAGACUCCUGCGCUCCGAUCUGUCGGCAACAUUGUGACUGGCGACGAUCUCCAAACACAGAUCAUCAUCAACUGCGGUGCCCUGCCUUGCCUGCUCUCCUUGCUGAGCUCGACGAAGGACGGUAUCCGCAAGGAGGCCUGCUGGACCAUUUCGAACAUCACUGCUGGUAAUGCCGGCCAGAUCCAGUCUGUCAUUGACGCCAACCUGAUCCCUCCUCUGAUCCACCUGCUCCAGCACGGUGACCUCAAGACCCGCAAGGAGGCUUGCUGGGCUAUCAGCAAUGCCACUUCGGGUGGUCUCCAGAAGCCUGAGCAGAUCCGCUACCUUGUUUCCCAGGGCUGCAUCAAGCCACUGUGCGACCUUCUUGGAUGCCCCGACAACAAGAUCAUCCAGGUUGCCCUCGAUGGGCUGGAGAACAUUCUGAAGAUUGGUGACCUCGACAAGCAAGCGGCCGAGGGCUCUGGCGAGGCCGUCAACCGCUACGCCUUGUUCAUCGAGGACUGUGGUGGUAUGGAGAAGAUUCACGAGUGCCAGAACAACGCCAAUGGCGAGAUCUACCUCAAGGCAUACAAGAUCAUCGAGCAAUACUUCUCGGACGAGGACGAAAAUGUUGACGAGGGCAUGGCUCAGCCUGAGGGCGCCAACGGCGCUUUCGGUUUCGGCGGACAGCAGCAGCAACAACAGCAGCAGUCCGGCGGCUUCAACUUUGCCAACGGUGGCGAUUCCAUGGACAUGUAGAGCACCGGGCUUUUCUCCAGCGUUAACGCGCCACGUCCGGGACCGGCCAUGUCCACGGACUCUGAGCGAUCAUCUGGGCCUGACGAGGGCACUGAUGCCCCUGGUGGCGCUCGUCCAAUUCGCACGCAUCAAUCCCCCAACCCCUAUUCCCGACCAUGAUGCUGAGGUGCUUUUGCGAGGUUGAUCAGCACAGCACAGCACUGAAUAUACAGCAGGCCCUAUGGUAGCUUGAAAGCUCCAGCCUGUACAAAUGAUGACGAUCACGAGGUGGAUGACCAGAGCAUGAUGAGAUGUACUGGAAACUGUGAAGCUCAAAAUAAGCGACUUGAUAUCAAGGCUGGUGCUAGUGUACCUUGCUUAGCGAAUGAGCCAUAACUGCGGAUAAUCGAACAGCCAAGUGGCUGGAGGUAGUUGAGCCGUAGCAACAAAACAAUCCCUGAAUACGUUACCCCGUCUGAUUGUG